AUGGCCCUCCGCUUUUGCCUUGCCAUCCAAAUCCGACAUCGAGUGCUCCCUGCUAGGCCGGCCGGUGUUGCCACAGAUGCGGUCUGCUACAACACCGCCAUGCUUGCCUACCAGACUGGAGAGCAGUGGCAGCCGUCAUUGCAGCUCUUUGAGGACAUGAGGACUGCGAAGAUCCCAGCGGAUAUUUUCAGCUACAAUGCUGCCAUAUCAUCCUGCCAGGGAGGCUCUCAGUGGCAGCCUUGCUUGAGCCUCCUUCAGGAGAUGCUUGCGGCGAAAGUGCCGCCGGAUACCAUCAGCUAUGUGUCUGCCAUCAGCUGCAUUGAGAGGGGUGGGCAGUGGGAAUGGGCCUUACAUCUUCUUGGAUCGAUGCAAGCGAGCCAUGUCAGCGUGGACACCAACUGCUUCAACGGAGUCAUGCGGGCGUGUGGGCAAGCCUCGGAAUGGCAACGGAGUCUGACGGUCUUCGGGCUCGCAACGAGAAGCCUGGGUGCCGACCCGGAACUUCACGACGGGAUCCUGGAUGCCGUCCGCCAUGAGGAGCUGUCGCUUGCCCUCUUCGCCUCUGCACGCCAAGCGGGUGCGUUCCCGGAGUUCCUGCGCUCGCCCGGCAUCGUCGAUCUGCACGAGCUCUCGCUGGGCGCCAGCUUGGCAGGAGUGCACUGGUGGCUGACACGAAUUGUCCCUGAUGCCCUGGAUGCUGGCACUUUCGACCGCUUCGUGAUCGUCACAGGUUUGGGCUACUUGGAGCGAGAAGGGCGCAGGGCGGUCAAGGUUAUCGGCAUAUCGUUCCGUUCAAUCGAGCUGUGCAUAUUUUGA